AUGACCAGUCUUUCGAAUCGCCUGUACGGCAACGACUCCGAUUUUUGGACUUCGGACGAUGAACUGGACGAGACGGAGGAUCUCCCCCCAGUCCCUUCGCCCCGGUCUUCUUCCUUCGCGUGUGUCGCUGGGGCGCAGCCUGAAGGCACGGCCCCUGACAAGGGAGAUUUUGCCUUUCCGCUGCUCUCCUCUCCUCUCGCGUUCGCGUCUGUCCCUGCGAAACGACUCGAGGCGGAGUGGAGGCCCGAAGACGACGAGUUCCUCAAAAGAACCUUCGGCUUCCUCGAUGCUGAAGACGCCUGCCCGGCCCCAGCCGAAGGGUGCGAACUGAACAGUGCUACCGCUUCUUUGUGCGGACGGCUAUCUUCCUCGCCAGGACCGCGCGCGCAGUCUGGGGUAGCGGGCGAGGGCGAAGACGAGGUGAAGAGUCUUGUCGGGCUGCGUUUCAUCCCUUCGCGUUCGCCUGCCGAGAGGCUCCCAGAGAAGGUUGCCGCCUCCUGGGAAGGCGAGGCAGAGGAGGGCGGUCUUCCCCUGGAGACAGGCGAGUCCGCAAACGCCCACCAACCCCAAACGCAUGCAGACGCAGAGGCGCUCUCGCCGCGCCUGCUGUCUCCGCCCUUCCCGGCGGAAGGCGACGCCGACAAGGCGGUGGGUCCAAACUUUUUCUUCUUUCCGCCCCUCGACUCUCUCGCCUCCUCGCUGCUCUUCGGAGGGACAGCCGCUGCGGACCAACAGUCCCGCGACGCGCCGCUCGCACCCCUCGUGGAGAUCCUCCCGCCCCGCCUCGCCCAGAGCAGUCCCCGGCUGGAGGGGAACGACGACGAGGCGCGCCUCGCGGCGACAGCGGCGGCCGUCACGGCCUCUCUCUCGCUCUCAACGACGUCUCGAGGCUCGCCUGUGCAGUCGCCCAAGGCUGCCGGUCGAGGCCUCUUGUCGCCACUCAGUGCGCAUGCAGGCGCAGAGCUUGGAAACCGGCCAGGAGCAGAAGCCGGGGAUGGCGAGAAGGUCAGUUUUCCGUUGGAAGAAGAAGCGAGGAAGGCGCUUCACCCCCAAGACGGCGCGUCUGCCACACCCGUUGGGAAAGACCCUGUGAAGCGCCAGUUUAUUCGCAAACGCUGGUGCGUUGAAGACAACUCCAGCGACGUCUCGCUCUUUCGGCGGCGCGUGCAGGCGGCGCGGCGAGAGCGCGCCCGGAUGGCUGCUUCCGCUGGAAACGUGGAGACACCGGAGAGAGAGGCAUGUGGGGACGCUGGCGGGGUGGGCGCGCUUGCCGAGGGCGAGGAGACAGACGCGGUGGAUCCGGAAGUCCUCUUGGACGGCCUCGACGAUGCCACGAGGGCGUGGCUAGCUGCCAUUCCGCAAGAACCUGGAGACCUGUCUCCCCUCCAGGUUCCACUGGCUCUCGAGUUUCCCUUCCCCCUCGACGACUUCCAGAAACGGGCGAUUCUCCACCUCGAAAAAUACCAAACCGUCUUCGUCGCUGCCCACACCAGUGCAGGGAAGACGGUCGUUGCAGAGUACGCGAUUGCGUUGGCGGUUCGGCGGAAUCGGCGGUGUAUAUACACCUCGCCUCUGAAGGCUCUCAGCAACCAAAAAUAUCGCGAGUUCCGUUUGAAGUUUCCGUCCGUCGGCAUUGUCACGGGAGACGUGUGCAUCAAUCCGGAUGCAAACUGUCUCAUUGUCACAACGGAGAUUCUGCGAAGCCUCCUUUACCUCGGCGAUGCCUUGAUCGGGCAAGUGGAUAGCGUGAUCUUCGACGAGGCGCACUACAUCAACGAUAUUGAACGCGGCGUUGUGUGGGAGGAGGCGAUUAUUCUUCUUCCAAAGGAGGUGAACAUGAUUCUUCUCUCUGCGACGCUGCCGAACUACCGCCAGUUCGCGGACUGGAUCGGCGCGGUGAAACAGAGAGAAGUUUUCACGCUGUCGACGGACCGCCGCCCGACACCGCUUCGGCACUUCCUCUUCUUCCACGACAAGGCGUUUCUCCUCAUGGACGCGAAGGGCCGGUUUCAAGCGGGGGCGUACAACGAAGCCUUCAAGCACGUCCGGGACAAGGGAAAUCCUCCCGCUGCGCGGAAACCGCCGCUGAACAAUGCGCCGCAGAGAGGCCGCGGCGGGGCUCGAGGCGGCGCGCGCGCGACGUCGGUUCAAGACGGCGCGCACCAGAGCAGCAAGGGCGUUUACCAGACUGCCGAGGCAAAGUUGAAGACGGAGAUCCACCGACUCCAGGGCAUGAUCGCGAAACUCGAGAAAGACAACGAGCUCCCGGUCGUCGUCUUCUGCUUCAGCCGGCGCAAGUGCGAAACCUACGCUCAGGCGAUGCGGAAACUCAACGUCGUUCUCUCGCACAACGACCGAUCCAAAAUUCAUCUCUUUGUCAAGGACUGUUUGAUGGCGCUGUCGCCUGCGGAUCGUGAGCUGCCGCAAAUUCGCUUCGUCUGCAGUCUCGUCCAGCGAGGCGUCGGCAUCCAUCACGGCGGCCUCCUGCCGAUCAUCAAGGAAAUGGUGGAGAUUCUCUUUCAGCGCGGGCUCGUGCGCGUGCUGUUCGCAACCGAGACGCUGGCGAUCGGCCUUAACAUGCCUGCUCGGUCGGUCGUUUUCUCGGCUUUGAAGAAACACGACGGCCAGAGAUCGCGCAUGCUUCUCGCUUCCGAAUACACCCAGAUGGCCGGUCGAGCAGGUCGGCGCGGCAUUGACACAUUCGGCCACGUCUACAUCUUCUGUUCAGACGACAUACCCGACCCAAAGGCGCUCCGCGAACUACCAGAGGUUCGCUGUGUUUCUGGGGAACCUGAGAUCGAAGAGCUAGCAGACUGGGAGGAUCGAAAUCGUGGCAUUGCCGAGGAAAUGCACAUGAAAGUGUGGCAACACAAGGCAGCAGCGGCUUCCGUGUUCUCUUUCGGCCGUGUUUGUUUCGUCCACUCCCUCUGGUCGGGCUUGAAAACGUCCUGUCCGGCUAUCUUUCUGAACGUUGAUUUUCGCCCACUGGUCCCCAGCAGUCCGCCGACCUUCCGCAUGCUGGUGUUGCUCCCCCCGUGGGUCAAUGCGGCGAGUUUGGAGGAGGCGAGUCGGGGCCUGGGAAGGCGCGGCGACAGCGUGGAGAUGAUUUGCGAGGAAGUUGUCAAGUGCCCCGUCGGCGUCUCCAAAAACGUGACAAAUUUAACUUUCGGCCCGGAAGACUCUCAGCUCCUCGGGAUGCUCGCGCAAGAUCUCGAGAGACUUGCAAGUGGUCAGAAGAGCGGAGAAUGCGCGCAAGGGGCCGCAGGAAAUGCGCCCGGAACUGCGUUGACGCCGCUGUCCUUCUCAAAGCCUCUCAAGCAGCUCGAGGUUGGAUUCGUCUCCACGCUGCUUCUCCAAAAAGACCUAUUCUCGAAAAUUCGACAAAAUAAAUGCUUCGCGUGUCCCCUCAGAGAAACGCACAUGCAACUCACCUCCCGCAAGAGAGAGCUGAUGGACGAGAUCGCAGAGAUUUCCAGUCAGUUGCACGAGGAAUCCCUCGACCUCUAUCCGGAGAUGCAAGCUCGACUCACGGUUCUCAAGAAGCUGAAACUCAUCGACGAGGACUCCGGAACUCUCACCGUCAAAGGUCGUGUCGCAUGCCAGGUGAUGUCGGGCGACGAGCUCACACUGACGGAGUUUAUCUUCCAAGGUGGUUUGGAGAAUCUCGAACCGGAAGAAAUUGCGGCUGUUCUCUCUGCAUUUGUUGCACCGGAUGGACCCGUCGAGCAAGUCCCUGCGCCAACGGCCGGCAUUCAGCGAGCGCGAGAUCAGGCAGAAGAGAUUCACGUCGCGAUUUUGAAGCUUCAGGCAAACUCGGGUGUUCGCGUAAAUGCCGAAGAUUGGUGGAAGCUCUGCAACUUCUCCCUCUCUUUGGUGGCUUAUGAUUGGGCGAAUGGUGUCAGUUUUGGCGACAUCAUGCAGAAGACAAACGCGCAAGAAGGUUCGAUCGUUCGCGCAAUUCUCCGCCUCGACGAGCUGUUGAGGAAGAUUCGACAAGCAGCCGUUUUGAUUGGGGAUCCUGAUCUCGGCGCCAAGUUACAGCUGACUUCCGAUCGCAUUCGCCGAGACAUCGUUUUCGCCAUGUCUCUUUACCUUCAGUAG